AUGGACAAGAAUCUCAAUGAGCUCCUCAGAUGGAGCAUCGAAGCACAGACCGCCGGGAACGCCAACUCGAAUGGGACCCCUUCCACAACCGCAGUCAAGGCCAUAGAUGCGCCCGCCACCGCCGGGGAGAACACCACGGCGGCAGCAGCAGCGACGACAGCCAGCCAGGCCGCCCCCUCCACAGCAUCACCAAAUGGCCUGAACCCAGAGAUUCUCGCCUCCCUGCUGGGUGGGCCCUCAGACGCAGACCUGAUGAAGCAGUCCAUGUCCGUCAUCACCAACACCAAGGACCCGGAGGUGACGCUCGAGCACCGCCUGACAGCCUUUGACAACCUGGAGCAGCUGAUCGAGUCGCUCGACAAUGCCAACAACCUGGGGCCUCUGGGCUUGUGGGCGCCCCUGCUGUCGACCCUGUCCGACGCCGAGCCCGACGUCCGCCUGUACGCCGCCUGGGUCGCCGGCACCGCCGUGCAGAACAACGAGACGAGCCAGGAGCGCCUGCUGGCCAUGGGCGGCCUCCCGCGCCUCGUGAAGCUGGCCGUGGCGCCCGAGGAGAGGGCUGACGUCCGCCGCAAGGCCGUCUACGCCCUCAGCUCUGCCACCCGGAACUACCAGCCCGCCAUGGACGUCGUCGCUGCCGAGCUGGAGAAGGGCGGCCAAAGGCCCGCGGGCUCGGAAAAGGUCGACGCCACGAAUAUGGACGCUGUCGAUGCGGUGAUGGAGGGGCUGAAGGAGCUUGUCAAGAAGGACGCCGCGAAGGCUUCCGCCUAG